UCGUUCUUCUGGAAGACCGCGGAACGCGAUGUUGACAUAGACGUUUACAAACUAAAUUCGAUGCUCAAGGCGAACAAUGUUCAAUUGAUAGAUGUAAGAGAGCCUCAUGAAGUGAAAGCCGGCAAGAUCGAAGGCUCUGUCAAUAUUCCGCUUGGGGAUGUGGAGGAGGCGUUCCUUAUGAGCGAUGAGGAAUUCAAAAAAACAUAUCAUAUUCCGAAGCCAAAGAAAUCUGACGGAAACCUGGUCUUUUCUUGUCGCAGUGGUGUUCGCAGCAUGCGGGCUUUGAAAACUGUUGAAAAUUUGGGCUACAAAGGAGCAUGGAAUCUUAAAGGUGGUUACAUGGCGUGGGAGAAGGCAUUCAAACAGGAUCUUUAG